AUGUGCGUCGGCUCAAUUGUCACCAUUCGCUGCGAGGCCUGUGGUUCUUCUACGGAUAAGUCCUCGUACCUUGGCUGCGCUACUGGCGAGCAUGAUCGUUCAGGCUGGGAAACUCGUACUGACUCAAUCAUCAGUCGAUCCACCCACCUCAUGCCCUCUUGCUCUUCCUGCCCCAGCUCUGACUCCUCGGACUCGAGCGACUUCUCGCUCAAGAGCGCUAGUUCUUCCUCAAGCCUUGCCUCGCUGGACGAGUACGAAGAUGAGGUCAGUCAAAACACAAUUCCCUAUUACUCACUCGGACAGGCAUCCCUACUCACUGAGGUUUGGAGCGAAAAUGCCUUCAGCUCCCUCAACAGCUUUUAUGACUCGAUGGGCUCCUUGAUUGACCGCAUUAUCGCCCUUCCCUCUCUGUCCGCCACCAAAAGCCUCAAACUCAACAUCUUCCUCAUCUACAGCGAAUGCGAUGCCUAUCUCCAAUGGACUGAGACUGAACAUGCUCGCGCUAUCUCCACUGAAACUUCUCUUGCUGACGUUCUGAACAACACUGGUGUUGAUGGGUUCAAUGCAAUCAACGUUGAGGACAUGACCGCUGACAUGGUUGAUCUUUUCGAGUGUUUGACGAGCUUCCACCCUUUCUAUGAUGUUGCGUACAAUGCUGGUAGGUUCGCAGGUUAUUUGAGUGUUUUGGAGGAGAGACUGAGAAGCCUUGAAACUGAGAAUUAA